AUGUCUAGUCAGCGUCUUGUCCUAGGCCUCCCACGUGUCUUGCCGUCGCUGCCGCCUUCGCUUGCGCCGCCGUGUAGUCCGUGCGUCGAGGGUCGGCUGCGCGCCACCCCUCACUCCUCCUCCCUUCGUCCGGCCACCGAGCCUUUUGAGACGCUUCACUUGGACGUCUGGGGCCCCGCCCCUCGUCUAGGCCCUGAGCGUGAGCGCUACUUUCUGGUGGUCGUUGACGACUUCUCCCGCUACACCACAGUGUUCCCUCUGGCGAAGAAGUCUGAGGUGACUUCUACGUACGCCGCGCACCAGCUGAACCUCUGGCCACGUGUCUCUCGACCAGAGGUUUCACCGACCAGUCUUUGGACAGGGUUCCCUGGUGUUGCGUCGCGGUUUCGUGUCUGGGGGUGCUUGGCUCUUGUCCGCGACACCUCCGCGAACAAGCUCUCGCCUCGUGCCGUCCCCUGUGUCUUCCUUGGUUUCCCUGAGGACUCCUCUGACUUCACCUUUUACCACACUCCCUCUCACCGGUUCUUUGACUCCCGUGACGUCCGUUUCGAGGAGUCCACUCCGUACUACGUCAGCCCCGUCGGGUGUGUCCCAGGCUACCCCUCCUCCUUCGGUAGCCUCUCCGGUACAGCCUCCCUCCCCACAGUCCUCCUCGCAGCGUGCCGCAGGUGCUAG